AUGGCGACCAAGGGGAGUACAUCGGACGCAUCGGAUGAACUGUUUGACUAUUUAUGUUCUCCAUGUAACAAACAAGACAAGAAUAGUGAGGCAGUGAAGUAUUGUGUGAACUGUCAGGAGUAUCUGUGUGUAACUUGUGUUAAAAGUCACAAUAGUUUUUCUGUCCUAGCUGGACAUACAUUGGUUGAAAGGUCAAAGUUUGGAAAUGCAAGUAGAACAGACAGCAAGGAAUUGCCGUCGGUGCCGACAGAGCGAUGCAAAGUUCACUCAUUGAAGCUCGUGGACAUGUUCUGUGCUGAUCAUGACACGGUUGGUUGUAAUGUCUGCUUUACGAUCAAUCAUAAGCCAUGUCAAGAUAUCCACUACAUUCCCGAGUAUGUGGAAACGACUAAACAGGCUGAAAGUAUCAGAAAGAUGAAUGAUGAGAUGGGCAAAGCAAUUUUUGAAAUGGAUAACUUGAUGAAAAAGAAACAGAAAGAUAUAGAAGAUAAUAAAAAAACAAAGGUUGUCUUGUUAAAAGAAAUCAAAGCAUUUAGGAAGGAAGUUAACGAAGUUUUAGAUCGACUGGAACAAGCUUCUGUCGCUGAAGUAGAAGGGAAAUGCGGUAAACAGGAUCAAGAAUUUCGAGAAGAAUUGAAGAAUAUACAGGAUACUCUCGAUAAACUUACUACAUGUAAAGCCGAAAUGGAAUCAUCACAGAGGAAUCCGUCGCAACAGUUUGUUAAUAUGAAGAAAUCCGAGAAAAAAAUAUCAGAUAUGAAAAAGGCCGGAUCACGAACUACAGAUAAACUGAAAGAUAGUCUAUUGUUUGAAAGAAAUUCAGAGAUACUGCAUUUCCUUCGAAAUCUUGAAUCACUUGCAAAGAAGUCACUUCUAAUGAAGCACGGGCUUUACGAAGUUCAAAGCAAGCAAAGCUACAAUGUAAAGUUGAAUGACGACGUCAGUACCUGUGAUAUUUGGUCUUCUUGUAUACUUGACUCUGGCGAUAUUUUGUUAGCAGACUUUGACAACAAGAAAAUAAAACUUGCUGACUGUGAAACUUACAGAGUGCGAGAUUCAAUGAAGAUGUCCACCUCACCUCGAUCUAUUUGCAGGAUUAGUAGUGUGGAAGCAGCGGUAAGCUUUUACAAUAAAACAGUACAGUUUGUUUCCACCAAGAAUGAGCUGGCGCCUACACGUUCACUGAAGUUUAAUUAUGAUUGUAGAGGUAUGGUUGUUAUAGAUGGCCAACUGGUGAUAUGUUAUUCAACUACGGUUUAUAUCUAUACGAUCAAUGGAGAGCUUCUGAGGACAAUACAAAAAGACAGAUCAGGAAAUAACAUGUUUCAAAACAUUCGUGAGAUUUGCUUGAGUGAUAACGGUAAGACAAUUUACAUGGCUGAUGAUACAAAAGGUUUGGUAACUAUCGACAUAGACGGUAAUGUUAUCUGGAAAUAUUCUGGCCAAGAACUGAAGAGUGCCUGGGGAGUAUGUACAGACGGAAAUGGUAAUGUGUUUGUGAGUGGUAUUACAUCGAGAAAUGUUGUACAACUAGGAUAUGACGGGGCUUUUCUUGGAGAAGUUGUCUCUAAAGCACAUGGCUUAAAUUGUCCACAAGCAGUAAGCUUCGAUAGGAAACAACGCAAGCUGUUUGUAGCAGAUAGCAACGAACUACACGUAUUUCGCGUUCAAUAGGUGGGGUUCGGUUCUGUUGUGUAUACAGAAAAAAAGCUUUAGGUGACAUUAUGUUUCACUUAUAUUUAUGUAUAUGUGUUAUUUUUUAUUACAAAGACGCUGUGAAGAGCGCAUAUAAAUAUUUUGAAAAUGUUUGAACUCUAUCAGAAUAACAUAGUUUGCAUGGUUCUUAGAAGAAAAAUGAAAAUAUUUGCUGAUUGCUGUCUGAAUUAGUUUUACGUUAUAAGUAAAAUAAUUGCAUUUGA